AUGCAUUAUCGUCGUCGAUUUUAUAGAAGUCUUUUGGAGGGUUAUGAAUUAGGGGUUCCAAAUCCAGCAAAAAUAAAUGUAUUAGAUGCAAUGAAUCUUGCAAUUUCAGCAUGGACUAUGGAUGUUCGUGCAAAUACAACUGCGAACUGCUUUCAUCAUUGUAAACUUCGAUCAACAGAUAACAAGACUUUUGAGAACUCAGAUGAAGGUGGUGAAAGCACUCAAGAACUCCAGAAUUUGAUCAAAGAGUUGGGUUAUCGCAAUGCAAUGGAUGUCGAAGAUGUUCUGACUCACCCAGAAGAAAAUGUAGUUGCACAGUUGUUGACUGAUGAAGAAAUUAUUGAAAGCGUUAUUGGAAUUAAUAAAGAUGAUAUCGAUGAAGAAGAUGAUGAAAGUUCUACAAUGGAGCCCCCUUCGCGAAAUGAAGCUAUUAAAGCGGCAAUCCCAUUGAACAAUUUCUUGUUAAGCUAUGAGAAAACAACACCAGAAGUUCUUACCAUGCUAAGAAAAAUUAGAGACGAGAUUCAAGGGGAAAUUGAUUUCAACAAAAAAUAA